UUGUGAUGCGGUCAGUUGUACAGAAACGCCUAGUUAUAGUAGUCUAUACCGAAAUUUGCAAGUCGGAUUUCUUUAGAAUUCGGGUCAAAUGGGCCGUACGAGAAGUCAGAAAAAGACUGGACCGGCUUACGUUCAAAAUGGUACACGCAACCAAGGGUCAGCUAAGCGUUCUGCAAGUUGUCUUAUAGCUGCACAAGAAAGUUCUAACGGGAAAAGAAAGGUUUUGCGGACGAUGCCGCCAGUGAAAUCUCCGAAUGGUGACGGGGGCGAGCCCCUGGAUUCGGUCGCAGGAAAGGCCUCCGCCGCUGCCGCUGCCGCUGCCGCUGCCGCUGUGGCGGGGUCGCCGAGGCACUUUCGCUUCACUGAUAUCAUGGAGAAGAAAUUGAAUGGCGGAACGUGGACCGAAGAUGAGAUAAAAUGGUUCAUCUCGGAAAUAGUGAAAGAGAAUGGAACAAUUGAAGCUAGUCAAAUUGGGGCCUUCUUGAUGUGUACCUUCAUUAAGGGGUUGAACGCAGAGGAGACGGCCUGCCUCACGAAGGCCAUGAUGCUGAGUGGUGAUACCCUGAGCUGGCCUAAGGAGUGGGAGGAUAAACUGGUAGACAAGCAUUCUACCGGUGGAGUGGGCGACAAAGUGAGCCUCAUCCUCGCCCCUGCUCUGGCUGCCUGUGGGAUGAAGGUACCGAUGAUUUCAGGGCGCGGCCUGGGCCAUACCGGGGGCACCUUGGACAAGCUGGAGUCUAUCCCUGGAUACACCGUCCACCUCCAAUCAGAGCGGAUGCGGAAGAUCAUGGAGGACGUGGGAUGCUGCAUCUGCGGUCAGACGGCCAAUCUCGUCCCUGCCGACAAGAUUCUCUACGGUAUCCGAGAUGUCACGAGUACCGUGUCAAGCUUGCCUCUCAUCACAGGCUCUAUCAUAUCUAAGAAGGCAGCAGAGAGUGUGAAUGCUCUGGUGCUGGACGUCAAAGUGGGCAAGUCUGCCAUCUUCUCUCAGGAUGAAACGCUUGGGAGGGAAAUGGCUACAUCAUUGGUUAAGGCCAGCAGCAUGCUCGGGACGAAGUCUACCGCCCUCAUGACGAGGAUGGACAACCCGAUCGGUUGCUGCAUAGGAAACACCCUUGAGGUCGCCGAGUCCAUCCAGUGUCUCCGUGGAAAGGGGCCAACAGACCUUCGCACACUUGUAGAGGAAUUAGGUGGAUGUCUGAUUGACUCUCUUCUUCAAGGCACCUGCAAUGGCAAACAACAGAUUUCAGACACCCUUGAUAAUGGAACAGCCCUGGCCAAAUUCCAGGACAUGAUUAUAGCCCAGGGUGUCGAUGGGUGCCUGGCCAAACGGCUCUGCGGGCUACCCAUGGACAACAUUGAUGAGGUCUGGCAAGUUCUAAAGAAGGCUGAAAACAAGACCCAGCUGAAGGCGGAGAAAACAGGCUAUAUCUCCAGCAUCAACUCACUGGAGUUGGCCAAAGUGUGCCUGGAACUAGGAGCUGGACGAGCCGUUGCCACGGCAGCCGUUGACCACUCUGUUGGGGUCAAUCUGCUGGCUCAUGUGGGGUCACAUGUCAAGAAAGGAGAGUCCUGGGUCACUGUGUACCACCAGGCUUCGGACUUCACUGAGAAACUAUCCAACAGACUUCAGGCUACCCUUGAGUAUUCAGACCAUCCAGUCUCAGUCCCAAACAUUGUCAUUGAUGUUGUCAGGCCAUCCUAAGACUCCCAUUACUUUCUCGAUCGAACACUUGAUCUGGCAACAUUUUCUUCAGGACUUCAUUUGUAAGAGAUAUUGGGUGAAUGCUAAACUGCAAUUGGGUGCCGGUACUCUUUUAUUGAGCUAUCACAUUCCUUUCUAGUGGCCUAAUAUUCUGGCUAAUGUAUAUAGCUUAGAGAAACGUAGUGGUAUGAAAAGACCUGGUGCAUGGAACGCAAAAUAGAUAAUAGUUGAAAAUCACUAAUACUGAUGUAGAAUUUGAACCGUAUUCACGAUCAUCAGGACAGUUAGCUUGUAUACCUCAGCUACCCUUAGUAGACACUAUAAACAUGACAGACAAAGAAAGAGGACAAAAUAUACAGUUCCUCAGGUAGACAAAGGAACAUCACUUCACUGCUAUUAUG